UCUGGCAGCAAGAAUCGUGCUGUGCACCUUCUAAUACAGCACCUUCUAAGACCUGCAGCUCUUAAAGGCAGGCAGGAGAAGAAAAGGCAAGCUGCUUCGCCUCUCACAAAGGUCUGGGAAGGAAGGUGUCCAGAGAUAGAGGGGGUAUCUUUUGCCGUCCAGCUGCAGCAGGGAGGAGCAGACUUGUAAAGGGAGAUAAGUGUCCCCCAGGCUUUUGUUCCGAGAUAAACUCAUUCACCCUGGUAGCAAGUUCUACGAAGAAUUUUCGGAGAAGCUGAGAAGGUGUUAUACGUGGAGUUCAGGGCAAGGGCAAGGGACGUAGCCUUGCACGCGUGCUAUCUCUCUUUCCGACCUCAGGCCUUUGUGGCCCUUUACAAAGGGAAACAACUACUUACACUCAUUUUGUAUGUUAGGGCAGCUGCAGUCCUGAGAGCAAAGUUAUUUGCCCUUCGCUACAUAGCUCAUCACAGCAGAGACUGAAACACCCGUUCUCUGUGCAGCUGCGGUUGCUUGACUCUAGGGCUGCUUACAUUCGUGCAGAGUUUCUCUGCUAGCGUCAUGCUGUUUUUAUGUUACUUGCUUCUGCUGCUAUUGCACAAGGGAAGUUUCUCCUGUAUUUUACUGCUUUAAGACCUGCUGCUUGCUCUGUGUGCACACCUGAGCUGUUGUUACUUCUUUUUUGCCCAUAGAACCUCUAAAUAGGGCUCUGAUCUCAUACAGCAUGAGUACCUCAUAUUUGCCUGCAGUAGAGGCUUUCUACAGGCAAAGUAAAAUCCUACCGACUUUACGACACUUGCAGCAUUGCAAAAUUCAUGCUCCUAGGAAAAGCAUAUAGUACUCAGCGCAUGAUAUGGCUUGUUCUUUUGUCAGUGAGCCACAGCAGGAUGGUUCUGUUUGCCUUUCUGCUACUUGCACGCUUACGUCUUAGAGCGUAAGUUUUGAUCUGCUUUAAUUUUGAAAGUAAUAAAAUAAUGACGUGUCUUUAGCGUUGUUCUUUCAGUAGUGGCCUUCCACAGAGAUGGAACAGGGUGGCCUAAAGUUAGGUAGGUAAGUGCUGUCCACGCAUAAAGAUGCUGAGGCGGUAUACAGAAGAAGAACGUCUGACUGGAGGACAGCUACUGAAUUAAUUGGCGCAGCUGAAAGUAGAGUGUGCAAAUCCAGACACGCAGUUGUUUGCUCUGGUCACCGUUUUUAGCUGAAUAAAUUCUCUUUGCUGUGCCUUGUCAGUGCUUUGAUCACAGCAGUGUUGGACAGGGAGAGAGGUUUUUCCCUGCUUAGUACGUGGGGUAGUACUCGUGUGGAGUGCUCUGGUCAUAGUACAGCUUCAAACGGUUUGUACGUGCGAGCUAUUUUGCCUGAUGCUGCUUGUUUUUAAUGCUUAUGUUUUAGCAGAUGUCACGGUUAUGAGUGACUAUCACAGGGCAAAGGCCUCUCUAGCUGCUGUAUCAGUGAUGCACUCUUUGUAUGGAACUUUGCUUUCUGUGUUGUUGCAGUUGGCCCGGAUUCAGACUGACAGCGUAGUUGAGAUGCUCCGUGAGCUACAUCCUGACCUUCACUAUGAGAUUGUUGCCAUGUCAACAACAGGAGACAAGAUCUUGGAUACAGCGCUUUCCAAGAUUGGGGAGAAGAGCCUCUUCACCAAAGAGCUGGAAAACGCACUCGAAAGAAAUGAAGUUGACCUGGUGGUUCACUCCUUGAAGGACCUGCCAACAUCUCUCCCUCCUGGCUUUACCAUUGGUGCUAUCUGCAAAAGGGAAAACCCACAUGAUGCUGUUGUCUUUCAUCCCAAAAACUCUGGGAAAACACUCGGCCUCCUUCCUGAAAAGAGCGUGAUUGGAACCAGUUCACUUCGGCGAGCAGCCCAGCUCAGAAAGAAGUUUCCUCAGUUAGAAUUCAGGGAUAUCAGAGGGAAUUUAAACACCCGCUUGAAGAAACUCGAUGAGAAGGAAGACUUCAGUGCCAUAAUCCUGGCUGCUGCUGGGCUGAAGAGAAUGGGCUGGGAGAAUCGCAUUGGCCAGAUCCUAAGCCCGGAAGAUUGUCUGUAUGCUGUUGGACAGGGUGCCUUAGCAGUGGAAGUCCGUGCCAAAGACCAAGAGAUACUGAAUAUGGUAUCUGCCCUGCAUGAUGGAGAAACUGUGCUAUGUUGCAUUGCUGAGAGAGCCUUUAUGAAACAUUUGGAGGGUGGAUGUAGCGUUCCUGUUGCAGUCAACACCAUGCUGAAAGAUGGCCAGUUGUAUUUGACUGGAGCAGUCUACAGCUUGGAUGGUUCUGAUAGCCUGAAGGAGACUAUGCAGACCAGUGUUAAUUAUCCACAACAGAAUGAAGAUGGACCAAACGAUGAUGUGCAGCACGUUGGCAUCACAGCCAGGAACGUUCCUUGUCAGGCCCAGCAAGCUGCAGAGAACCUUGGUGUUGAACUUGCUAGAUUACUUCUGAGCAAGGGAGCUAAACAUAUCCUUAGCGUAGCAAGGCAGCUCAACGAUGCCCGUUAAACCUGUGGUGUGGUAGGCAUGAUUGCUACAAGUGUUGCUCAAGCCUCUGCAGCUACUGCCUCAUGGUUCUGUGAGGGAAAGGAUUUAUUUAACCGUUCACACUAGUCUCAUUGGAUGCGUGGACAUAAAAACUUGAAAUGUAAAGUUAACUUGUGAGUACUGAGCUUUGCAGGGAUUUCAUCCCCUUCUGCAUUCCUCCAACUCGCAAGCUAUCUCUGUGAAGGUCGUUUCAAUUAUUGUUGUCAUUAGAAAGUCAAAAAAUUUGGGAAAUGUUCUCCUAUAGCAUUUAGGAAUAAGGAACUGAAUACAGAUUAUAAUCAAAGACUAAGCUGUGACAGCACUAAAGAAAAUAAUGUACGUUCAGUAGUUAUAGAACUUGCAUAAUCCUUUGAAUACUAUUUGGGCCUGUUCACUCAUCAGAAAGACUGCCACGAGGGAGCUGAAUAAGGCUCCUAAUACAGGGGAUCUUCAUAGUAAAGUUCCAGGGACACUAUGUUCAUCAUAGGUCUCAGGUAAAGAAUUAAGUUUGAAGUAUCAGACCUAAAUUUGCCAUCAGCCAGUAAUUAAUUAUGAUGGGAAGUAAGUGGGUGGCUCGUUUAUCCCUGGAUAGUUAUAAUCUGAGACAGUCAUUGGUAUACGAUAGCUAAUCAACUUUGAGCUAAACUUGAAGAGGGAAAAACAGGGGUUGUUUAUGCCUUUUUCUAUAACUGUUGGCUCUUUCCUUGUACUACAGUUCAGAGUUGACAUGUCCAGUUCCAUUUGCAGACUGUCUCUCCAGAGCUCCUGCGUUACAGUGCCUUGUAGGAACACGGACAUGGCAUCUUACUGGGGUAUCGUUUUGGAAAUGAAGCAUUGUUUAUUCUCGAGGCAGCGUCCACUGAACGUAACAGCCAAUAAAUACAGUUAACUUAAA